AGUGCAAUUGCUUCCAUGGAAACUUGGUAGUUGUUAAAGGCACCAACCUUUGUAUCAUUGCUCCAUCAGGGCAGUUGUAUUGCAAGGAUAACAUUUCAGUACCUGUGAUCACUCGAACUGCUUAACCCUGCUCAACAAGUUGAUUCAUUCCUAGAAGAUGAAGAAUAACACCAAGAAAGCAUAUCCCACCAUUGCAGCUCGUGAGAAAGGGCCUGGACCAGGAAGAUAUGGACUACCCCCAGCAAUUGGGUUUGUGGGACAUGAUUAUACCAAACACACAAAUCCAGCUUACACAUUUGGGAAAAAACACAGCAGUGCGUUGUACGAAGUCAACUGCAGUCCAGGACCUCGGUAUCACGUUGAUCCAAAGAUUACACGAUUUGGUAGGAAUGGAACACCCGCAUUCUCCAUAUUAGGAAGAGUGAAAACCUCUGAUGUUUCGCGAAAACCAGGAACACCUGGACCAGGCACAUAUAAUCCAGAGACUGCACCCCACCUUAACGAGCACAGAUCACCAGCGUAUUCCAUAGGAUCCCGAACUAGACAUCGCAAGGUGGAUGUAGUUCCUGCACCUAAUAGCUAUACUCUUCCCUCUCUGAUGGGACCAAAAGUUCCUAACAAGCCUUCCAGUGCUAGUUUCUCAGUCACUGGGAGGACAAAGAGAGAUGAUCUAUCCAAAACCCCAGGGCCUGGCAGGUAUAACCGCACUGACCCUAACAUUUACAAGCGGAAACUUCCAGCCUACUCGAUGCUGGGUCGAUAUGAUUUGCCCACCUAUUAUACUCAAAAGCCUGGACCUGGAGCACAUAGCCCUGAAAAAGUGACCAUCCAUAAGCCAAGAGUCCCAGCAUUCUCAAUGGGAUUGAGGCAUUCAGAGUUUGUCACUCCAUUUAUCAUUGACAUUUCAGAUUGAGGUUAAACCUGCUAAGGUCUAAAUUGAAAUUCAUAUUGUCCAUAUUGAAAUUUUUUUAACCUUAACAUAUGGAUUCUGUAAUCUUCAAAACUAAUAUCUAACUUUUAUAUUAUUAUAUACUUUAAUUGCUCUGUUCAAUGGAUUUUACAGGUGUCUUCUCACUUAUAUUGGUAAGCUGAAGUAUAUACAUUGACUAGAAAAGCACUGAUUAAUUAAAAUAGUACAAUUAUCAGGA